GAGGAAAUUGUGAUAAUGAUAGCGUGCUGACAUGUUGUUCCAACAAGAACUCUAGCAAGCAUGAUUUGACAUGACGAAAAUGAAACGUUUUCCAGUGUGACUGCAAACGUUACGUAUGCGUUCUUUAAAACAAAUUUUAGUUUUAAUUUAGAUUAAUGAAUGUUUUUAAAACAUCUCUAAAUUACUAACGUGAAUGAGUGGUCUAACCACUUUCUCCUGGGAAUUGGAAAGUUCGAUAUCAAAUUGAACAGCAUUAUCUGUUCAGCAUGCUUCCAAUGUUGGGAGGGCAGCGAAACAUUUCUGCCAACAUGUCUUGGACUCCUCCAACUCCAUCUGCCACACUGCCUUUCUUGGGAUAUUUUGGAAUGAGCCCUCAGCCUCAGUCUCUUCCAUUUUUUAAUCAAGAAAAUCUCCCUUUCUCUGUCCCAACUACACUUUGGAACCAAGGGUGGAAUGUGCAGCCGCAGACCCCAGCGGUUCAGACCCAGUGCUCAUCUGGACGUCCAAUUCUGGGCAGGCGAAAUGAACCUAACCAGCAAAAAGAAUCCUCAAUCAGUAAUGGUGGAACCACCAAUGGGCGUCAUUCUUUUGAUUCUCUGGUAAACACCGGAGAAGAAAUCGAUAGAGGACUGAAACGCUCCAGACCUCCAUCACCCCUGGACAACUGGACCCCAAGUACCAAUCAGGGAGGACGCAAGUGCCCAACCCCUUCCUACCCCAUGGUGGGACUCAACACUUCCAUUCCACCCCCUCAAUUGUCUCGGAGCAAGGAGAGCGAGCACUUGUUCCACCCAAUAUCACAGACCACCUGCAACCCCGUGGAGCUCCAUGUCACUAACCUGGACCAGAGUAUUGAUCUUCGAGAAAUGAAGAAACUGCUCAUGUCUGCCUUCAGAGAGCAUGUUAUGGUGCUGCACGUAUCAGUGUUUGUUCAGUCAGAUGGCACUCUGGCUGCUUCGGUCAAGGUGCCAUCCAUGCAAGAUGCUCAAUACGCCAUCUCACAGCUACACAGACGUAAAGUGGGCUUCAAACGCAUCAUGAUAGCCCACGCCCACUCUACCACUCCACAGAACCCUCAGUAUAUCAAAAACCAGAUCGUCUCACUCCUCCUCGAGGUUCCAGGCCAUAAGAUGCCGCUGUUCACUUUCCGAGAGCUGUUCGCUAGUCGCUUCCUCACCUCGGUUAGUGUCUCGGAUCUGUAUCGGAUGAGGGAUGUGUGCAUCAUCACCGAGGAGAAUAACGGGCGGACCAUCUCUCUGAAUCCUGAAUAUCGCAACACUCCUUCCCCUGCGUCCUCCAGUGAGAACGGCAGCCUAGAUCUCCCUUUCUGCCUGCGUCACUCGCAGCAGCUGGGAGCAGGUGAUAAGGGGUGGGCCGAGCAGGAGCAACCCAGUCUAGCCAACGUCAGGGUGCAGCUAUCUGUCCUGUCUGAGCGUGUGGCCAGCCUGGUACAGAGUCAUGACAACUACCUCCCUCUAGCCAGCCUAAUGGACUGCUAUGCAGCCCAGUUCGAUCCGCUGCCAGUGGACGAGCAAAGUGUGCCCUUGGAACACCUUGUCACUUGCAUCACUAACGUGGAGCUGGUUCACUCUGGUAGCAACAAGCAUCUGCGCUUGUGUCCUCAGAAGCCUCCAGUGGAUAACAGGAAGGAUGACUCGCUAAUAAUGUGUGUGAGUCCCUGCUUGGCCAAACAAGUCACCCUGUUUGCUCGAGAGUUGGUGGACCUACUGAAGAUGCAGCCCCACUGUCAGCUCACAUUCAACCGGUUCAUCCCGGCAUAUCAUCACCACUUUGGGCGGCAGUGCCGAGUCGCAGACUAUGGCUUCACCAAACUGAUUGAUCUGCUGGAACAAUUACCUCAUGUUGUUCAGGUGAUGGGGGAGGGUAACAAGCGAGUUGUGACGCUGUCCCAUAGAGCUCAAGUGCGUCGCUUCACCUCAGACUUGCUACGUGUGCUCAAGUCACAGGCCAGUAAACAGCUGUUAGUCUCCGAGUUACAUCAGCUUUUUGAACGUACACUGGGUCGCACAUUUGACCCAGUCGACUACGGCCUAUGUUACCUGGAGGACUUACUCAGUCAGCUGUCUGCCAACAUCGUACUGGUGUCAGGAGAGGGAAGCGAGCUUACCAUUGCCAUCCCUAAACGUGAGCAGACACCCGAGGAGAUAGAGAGAACUAAACAGUUCGCAAGUCAGGUGAUAGAGCUACUGAGCCACACACCACAGUGUUCCAUGGAGUUUGCCAAAUUCAUCCCGGCUUACCAUCAUCACUACGGAACACAAUGCAGAGUCGCUGAUUUUGGGUUUACCAAACUAAUAGAGCUUUUCGAAGCUAUCCCACAAGUCGUAAAGGUUGAGGAAGAAGGAGAAGGUGUUCGGAAGGUAUCUCUGACCCAACCAGAGAAACUGAAGGUUCUGGCCAAUCAGAUGGCUGAGUUGAUACUACCAAGGUUUCCUCCAGGUCUUUCCUUAGAAAACGUCCACUCUGCUUACCUCUGGCAGUUUGGCUAUGCUCUCAAACCAUCCGCAUACGACUGCUCCGAUCUCCUAGAACUCCUAGACAAGUUGCCUAAUAUUAAGGUUAUAUCUUGCGGUGAUGGUUCAUCUCUCAUCACUCCCAUGGACCACAGCAAGUCCCGCACACAGUGUUUGCGUAUCCUGCGCAUCCUGUGGGAACAUGAUGACGGGAAGAUGAGUCUUGCAGAGUUUGAACAGACCUUCCACCAGUACUACCAGGAGCCUUGUGAACAAAGCUUUCUGGAAACUGAGAUGGAAGGGGUUGUUGAGGUGGAUGAAGACUCGGUGCAACUAAUGCCUCUGCAGCUGUUUGCUCGUGAUCUGUAUCAGCUGUUGUGUGCAUCUGACGGCCGCCUACUACUGAGUGGUCUGGAAACAGCGUACCGGCACAUGUACGGUGCUUGGCCGGCACCGGGUCAACUGGGCUACCCUUCUAUCCCUGCUCUACUGCCGGCUUUGGACCACGUUGUUUCAGUCUCAGGUCGUGGUACCCGGCGCACCCUGAUGCUCAACACCCAGUUGGCAGCUGUUGGGAUCUCAUUGCCCUCUAGCCUAUUGAGGAACGGAGGACCUCACUUCAAUAGUACCACUUCAGACGUAUGUACUCACUCAGAUAUUCCGUUCCGGCGUUCCAAUUCACAGUCACUCCUGAAAGGAGUUCACCUUAAGAUGAAUGGUGACAAGAGCCGACAAGAGGGAGCAUGGAGCGUCUGGAACGGAAAACGGAUCAAUGGAAACUGUCUACAUUGUGGUGAUGCUUAUGACCAGCUUACUGUAGUACACCUGCCUGAACCUCGUACGCCUCCUAGCAAGGAGGAAUGUAUGGCUCUUCUAUCUCCAGCUAAGUUUCUGCUUCCAGCCAACACCUUUUCCUUCCUUCCCUCUCCCCCAGACCCCUCAGAACUACCCAGGCCAGGCCACUUCAAUCUCACCCAGGUGCACGAUGGCAAGGACACAGUAAGCAGCUCAUCUCAAGAUGAUUCAGAUGUUAACGAUCAGGUCAAACGUAAGCUACGUCUUGCAGCCCACUUUCACACUCCCAUCCAGCUACAAUAAAGUACCUAAUUCUUAUAAAAAUAUAUUGUCUUUCAGCAUUUUGCAUGGAAUGCUAAGAAUUUCCAACUACUUCCAAUGGAGUGACUGUCAUUCCGAUUUUAUAAUAAUCCCAUUCUUUAUUACCGUAGGAGUUUUGUUAAAAUUUAUAAAUUUUAGAGUCAAUGUUGUAAUGUUUUUAGUCGUAUGGCUGAUUAUUAUGCUUCCCCUCCCUCAGGGCUUAUUUUAAUUUCUUUACUAUACAUUUUGCAUGAUUUUAAUAGUUUUGCAUUUCAUACUUGAAUGCCCCAGAUGUUUUUUUAAUAACUGAAUCUUAUUGUUGUAAGAAGCAAUAGUCUUUGGCACUUUUAACUGCAAUGGCAUUUGUUUGCAGGGUGUGCCCCAUUAUUUUACACUCUUUUCAUUUAGAAUUUGAUGCCGUACAUUUACAUUUAUGUGAUUUAAUGAGAAGAAUCAACUAUUAAUAUUGAACUUAUUUAUUUCAUCAUCAGUUGUUGAAUAUUUGUGAUUUUUUGAGAGUAUGCAUGAGUUUUGUGAGUAUUAGCAUAUUUAUUUGCUUAUAUCUGUUACAAGUAAUAAAAGAUAUAUUUUGUUUUAUUGAAUA